CCAAUAUGCAAACAAACAUCGUGGCAGAGCCUGGGGAGAGGUUAUUCAAGACCAUUAUUAGAUACUUCAGAGCUGCUCCAGGGGUGGCAACGAAUAGAAAAGAGAAUGUGUUGGCAUGGCCAUGCAGGUGGAGGACUUCACACAGAUCCAAAGGAAGGGCUGAAAGAGAUAGAUGCCAAAAAGAUCGUCCGAGCAAUGUUGUCUUAUGUGUGGCCCAAAGACAGGCCGGAUCUGCGCGCCAGAGUAGCCAUCUCUCUGGGGUUUUUAGCAAGUGCAAAGGCCAUGAAUAUAUUGGUUCCUUUCAUGUUUAAAUAUGCAGUAGACAACCUCAACCAGAUGUCUGGAAACAUGCUGAACCUCAGUGAUGCACCCAAUACAGUUGCAACAGUGGCAACUGCUGUUCUCAUCGGCUAUGGUAUCUCAAGAGCUGGGGCGGCCUUAUUUAAUGAAGCUCGAAAUGCAGUGUUCGGGAAAGUCGCUCAGAAUUCAAUCAGGAGGAUAGCGAAGAAUGUGUUUCUGCAUCUUCACAACUUGGACUUGGCUUUCCACCUGAGCAGGCAGACAGGAGCCCUGUCAAAAACCAUCGACAGAGGAACGAGAGGCAUCAGCUUUGUCCUUAGUGCUCUAGUAUUUAAUCUGGGACCUACCAUGUUUGAAGUGGCGCUCGUCAGUGGGAUUUUGUAUUACAAGUGUGGUGCAGAGUUUGCCUUGGUCACCCUGGGGACACUAGGAGCGUACGCCGCGUUCACCAUAGGAAUCACGCAGUGGAGGACUAAGUUCCGAAUCGAAAUGAACAAAGCAGAUAAUGAUGCAGGUAAUGCUGCAAUUGACUCGCUGCUAAAUUAUGAGACUGUGAAGUAUUUCAAUAAUGAAAAAUAUGAAGCCCAACGGUAUGAUGGAUUCUUGAAGACCUAUGAAAAUGCCUCCCUGAAGACUACCUCUACUUUAGCUCUGCUGAAUUUUGGACAAAGUGCUAUAUUUAGUAUUGGCUUAACAGCCAUCAUGGUGCUUGCUAGCCAGGGCAUUGUUGCAGGGAGCCUGUCUGUUGGAGACCUCGUGAUGGUCAAUGGAUUGUUGUUCCAGCUUUCGCUACCCCUAAACUUCCUGGGAACAGUGUACAGAGAGACAAGACAAGCUCUUAUAGAUAUGAAUACCUUGUUUACACUUCUCAGCGUAGAUACUAGAAUUAAAGACAAAGAGCUGGCUCCACCCCUGCAGAUCACACCACAGACUGCUGCCAUCGCCUUUGAUAAUGUGCAUUUUGAAUACCUUGAGGGGCAGAAAGUCCUUGCUGGAGUGUCUUUUGAAGUCCCUGCAGGAAAGAAAGUGGCCAUUGUAGGAGGUAGUGGGUCAGGGAAAAGCACAAUUGUGAGAUUAUUAUUUCGUUUCUAUGAACCUCAGCAUGGAAAUAUUUAUGUUGCUGGACAGAACAUACAAGAUGUCAGUUUGGAAAGUCUGAGAAAGGCAAUAGGAGUUGUACCCCAGGAUGCUGUUCUCUUCCAUAAUACUAUCUAUUACAAUCUGCUCUACGGCAACAUCGGCGCGACGCCGGAGGAGGUGUACGCGGUGGCCAAGCUGGCGGGCAUCCACGAGGCCAUUCUCCGAAUGCCCAAUGGCUACAACACGCAGGUUGGUGAGCGGGGACUCAAGCUCUCAGGAGGAGAAAAGCAAAGAGUUGCAAUUGCUAGAGCGAUGCUAAAGGAACCACUUAUUUUUCUCUAUGAUGAAGCCACAUCAUCUUUAGAUUCAAUUACAGAAGAGAACAUUCUCAGUGCCAUGAGGGACAUGGUGAAGCACCGAACAUCAGUCUUCAUUGCCCACAGGUUGUCAACAGUAGUUGAUGCAGAUGAAAUCAUUGUCCUGGAUCAGGGCAAAGUUGUUGAACGUGGCAGACAUGCAGACCUCCUGGCCAGCCCGAGCAAUCUCUAUUCCGAGAUGUGGCAUACACAGAGCAGCAAAAUGCGGAAUAGCAGUAGUAUCAAUCAGAAAUGGGAGGAGAGAAACAAUCAGAUGUCCAAAGAGGAGGAGAGGAAGAAACUACAAGAAGAAAUUAUCAAUAGUGUGAAAGGUUGUGGAAACUGUUCUUGCUAAGUAUGAUCCUGGAUUAAUUUCUAUAACAGGUUAAAAAUGCACAACGCUGCAGUGAAGCACAGCUCUUGGUUUUAACUCAUCAUU